AUGGAUUUAUUGACAUUCUAAGUAAAGAGUCUUUACAAAUCAUUGCGUCUUACAGUAUCUGUCAUAGAUUGUCCAUAACCCAAGUGAACGAGUUACUACGACAGUUUUAUUGUCCACUGUAUACUUUACGUAUUUUUUGCUAAUACGGUUGUGAUUGCAGUGGGGUUAUUGACACCCUCACAGCGGAGCCGCCUGAUCAUCCUCCGUCGGCGGAAUUGUUCGCUGACAGAUGGAGGACGACAGAUGGGAUCCUCGGGACGUGCGACAAGGCAGCGAGGGAUAUCAUGGAAAAUAGGACAUUCCACACCAAAGGGGAAUACCCCACACACAUUCGACUUAAUUGAGGUCAUGAGUAUGGCGGGGCGGAUAACAUAUAUUUUCGUUUGGUAAAUCACAAUCACACUUGGGCAUCUGCGUCUGUAGCAGCCGGCUGCAAUCUAUCCGGUGAGUAACUUUCAUUGCUAGGCAGGUUUAGCUUUCGCCAAGUUUUCUCCGUCUAUACAUCUACCCAGCGGGGUGUCAUUAAUCAUGGUAGAUAAUCGCUACGCCACGGCUCUCGUGAUCGCCUGCGUCUUGAGCAUCAUCGCAACAGUAUACCUCUCGGUGGCGGUCGGAACACCACACUGGUACCAGUAUAUCAGUCCCCCCGUUUACGGCGAGGCCAAUGCUUCGGAGCUUCGCGCUCUCCAGGAAGAAUUCAUGGACGGUGAAUUCGAUGAAAAGACCUACAGCGACUCCCUCUUUCGCCUCAAUGGGACAGUAGGUUUGUGGUGGCGCUGCUUGCAAGUGCCUACAGAAAACCACUGGUACAAGGAGCCAGAUCCUAAGAUGGUGUUGGAUUGUGUUAGUUUCACUCUGCAACAGCAGUUCACCCCGAAGUACAAGGAGCCAGGGAACCACAACAGCGGAGAGGACCUGAUACGGACCUACCUAUGGAGGUGUCAGUUCCUGCUUCCACUGGUGUCCUUGGGACUGGUGGUGCUGGCAGGCAUAAUAGGGUUCUGUGCAUGUUUAUGCCACAGUCUCGCUCCCACGCUUGGCAUUGGAGUUCUCCAUCUGCUGGCUGGCUUGUGUACCUUGGCGACGGUGUGCUGCUACCUGGCUGGUAUGGACUUGCUGCACCGCGUGUCCAUGCUGCCCGACCGCGUGGACGCCUCCCUGGGCUGGUCGCUCUACCUGGCCCUCAUCUCCUCCCCUCUGCACAUGAUGGCCGCCGCCCUGCUGGUGUGGGCCGCCCGCAGCCACAGCCAGAAUUACUACCGCAUGACCGCAUACAGGGUGGCCUAGUUAUACCCCACCCCUAACCAUAACUACCCCCAAACUAACCACUACCACUAAAAGUAUUAAAACCCCCCACACCCCAUGUCUCACCUUUACCCUACCCAACCCCUUUGUAGUCCCCUAACUCUUCUUUCUAUGGGGGGACUUAAUUUAACCCCUUAUGGUUGUUGGACGGUCUUUCUAUUUAGAUCAAUAGGUGGCUUGAAGAUUUUGACAUUUGAAAUGUUUGCAUUGAUGUG